AUGGACACAACUCUAACAGCUUUUCAACGUAUGUUUCUCCCUGAGGCAUCAAAUCCUCCUCCACCACCACCGCCUCAAGAUCUCCCUGCCACUAACUGUCACCGUGUUCGUUCUCGCUACCGACCUCCACGUAACGACCCAAUCCCUAUCCCUUUCGGAUGGGCCACCAAUCGUCGAGCAAAGAUUCACACUCUCAACCAUCUCUUACAAAACGGAAUCUUUAACAUUACGGGGGACGUUAAAUGCAAGAGUUGUCAAAGAGAGUUUCAAAUAUCAUUCGAUUUGAUGGCAAAAUUUGAUGUAAUCUCUCAAUAUUUUAUUACAAAUAUGAACAACAUGAGAGAUAGGGCACCGGCUAUUUGGAUGCAUCCAACAUUGCCGAGAUGUGUGCAUUGCGGCCAAGAAAAGAGCGUGAAACCGGUGAUUGCUAAGAAGAAAAGGAAUAUCAAUUGGUUGUUUUUGUUGUUGGGACAAAUGCUUGGUUGUUGCAAGCUUGAACAGUUGAAAUAUUUUUGCAAGUACAAUAAUCAUCAUCGAACCGGUGCCAAGAAUAGGGUUCUUUAUUUAACUUAUCUUGAUCUUUGUAAGCAACUUGAUCCUACUGGACCCUUUGAUGUUGCGCGUUGA